AAAAAACUGAGGACUUUCUUGCCGUGGGGAGCAAGAUUCUCGUUUAUCCAUUUAAAUACUGCUUUAGUAGACUCUUGAGGUUAGCAACACGUAUAUAUAAGAACACAAUACUUGCAAGGUCAACAAAACAUUUCAAAGACAACUCAACCCAACAACACAAGAAUCCAUCACUUAUAUCAAAAGAGUCGACACCUUUUCUUUAGACACAUUACAUUACAAACCGAUAUAUAAGAGGCUAUGGAUAAUCCCCCUCAAGGCAUCAACAAAGUUUGCACUUGUAUUGGUACUAUUGAUACAGACAGCAACCUGAAGAAACAUGACUUAGAAGCUGAGAAACGACUCAAAAAGGUGGAAAAAGACUAUCUCCAUGCAAGCCAAAAGUAUACAGAAGCAAGAUUACAGUCGCGUAACUUAAAUCGUGAGAAAUGGUGCGCUAUCAGUCACCGUCGCGCGGCUGAAACACUCAUGAACUGCUGCAACAACCUGGUCGAGAGUAUUCAGGAGACUCUUGACAAGCUACCUACAGAGAAAACAAAGGAAGUCAUCGAUCAUGUAACAAACACUAUGAUUAUGAUCAAUAAUUUUCUUUUUAACGGGCUUGAUUAUGAUCAAUCUGUAAAUGAUCUUCUUAAGGAGGCUAGAAAGAAGAGGGUGUGUAGAGGAAAAGAUCUUUCUAACGUUGCACCGGUUUGUAACCCCACAAGUCAUGACAGUUUGAGAAAAUCUGUGGAGCAGGAACUAGUUGUUCUAAAGAAGCUGUUCAAAGAGGUUCAAAAGGACAUUGAAGAAAAACUGCAUAUAGAACAAUGUGCAAUAAAUGUAUAUGAAUGUACGGAACGAAAGGUGAAGCAUUUAGAGGUGAAAAAGGAGCAGCUCUCGGGGCAAAGGGACAUCCUGAGGCUGAACAUAUCAAGAUGUUGAGUGCUUAUUUACCAUGAUGGGUUGUGAUAUUUUAAUAUGUGGCUUUCAAUGUAUAUUCCACUUUUUUCAUACACCGUUCACCAUAAUUUCACUUGUAUAUACAAUUUCACUGCGACAUGUGCACCCAAAAUAACUGUCUCAAGUCUCAGCAGAGAAA